AUGACCAAUUGUGUAAAAAGUCACAUUGAAAACUGUUUGAAAUGCAUAGUGUUUUCUCCAAAAGUAGGUAAAGCAGAAGUUUUCCUCAAACUAAUUGAAAAAGGCACUAAACCUUUUCACACAGUUCACAUUGAUCACUACGGACCCCUAAAUAAAACUGUUGGAUGUUUUAGAUAUAUAUUUGUAGUUGUAGAUGCUUUUAGUAAGUUUUUAACCUUAUAUCCAGUCCGUACAUUUAAUACUAAAGAAGCCUGUUCAAAAUUAAUUGAAUAUUUUUCAUACUACAGUAAACCUAUCCGCAUAGUAUCUGAUCGUGGAUCUUGCUUCACCUCUCAUGCGUUUAAAGACUUUUGUGUUACUCAUGACAUUCAACAUGUCCUCAUAGCUGCUGGUUCCCCUUAA